AUGUCUCAUACUACCAAAGAAUACCUUCCCAUUGUCUUCACUGAUCUCUAAAUCUCUAAUUAAUUAUAACUCGAUGAUUUCUAUAUCCAUGAAAAGUAAUUUUAUCCUCAAUUCAAGACUUCCAAUUAUUAAAUACUCACAUCAUUCAUUAUCUCAACCCAAAAUAACUAAAGCUACUUCUCCUUCUAAAACACAAUAAGAAUUACUUAACUGUUAAAAAAACAUCAAAAGGAUAGUCUUUCCUAACAUACUUUAAAGAACUAAAGAAGACAUCAAAAAAUAUCGAUAACAUUAACUCUCCUUAAUAAGUGAUGAUAUUCCUAAUUCAUAAACUAUAGAAUUAGAACACAAAAAAGCAACCAAAAAAAAUAGCAAAUCUCCCUCUAAACUCCAUUCAUAAUAACAAAGUUAUAUAAGCAAUUAACCAAUUAGAACUGAUCUUUCUUCAUUAUUUUUUGAUAAUAAUAUAGAAUCUUAUUCGAAUGACUCUAUUUUUAAAUUUCGUAAACUUAGGUAUAUUUCUUGUUUAUUUUAGUCCAACUUUUAAUGAAGCAUCUUGGUAAAAAGUCGAUAAAGUUAACAGAAUGAAUAUUGCUCAUGAAGUUUAAAAAGAAAUACAUCAUUUAGAAAGAUUUAACACUUAUUGGAAGCCAGACAUGAUUAAUUAGUUUCUCUAAUUAAAAAUAGUAUAAUAAGGAGUUAACUUCAAAAAAGGAACCAAGAGAAUCUUUAUACUUUUGUACUUACCUCAUCAAACUCUUGUUUUAAAAAGUUCAUAAGUUGAAGUUAAAAGCAGGUAUUCUAUUAAAUUAAAUUUGAAUAGUCCUGUAUCAUUACAAUUAAAUGCAUUAGUUUAUUUUGUUCCAAUUUAUGACAAAAUCAAUAAUAUUAAUGAAUUAACAGAUAAUUAUAAUGUUUGGACAAAACACUUCUUAGAUUUAUUACACUAUAAACAUUAUCUUAAUACUGUAAAGUUUUAUUUUUUGGAUGGGAAGGAGCUUUAAACAUUAAAUUAAAUACCAUCAUAUGAAAAAUUUAUAUAUUGCAACUUACAAGUAAAUACAAGGCGAAAUAUUUUUAGGGAGAAUUCGAUAUUUGGAAUAGAGUGAGUUAAACUUUAAAUUUAGGAGGGUAGUUUUAGAUUGAAAAAUUUGUAAAAUUAGCUACAAAAAUGGUUGAUUUAAGAUCAAAGGAUGAUAUUAUUAAAUUCUUUAAUAAAAGAGAUAAUUUUCUUCCUUUUUAUUCUAUGGGUUAUGAUUAAGUUUAAGAAGAGGUUUAAUAACAUAUUCCAUAAACAAUCGAAAAAAUUUAAUAAGAAGGAGAUGAUGAAUAAUUAAAUGAUGAAAUUAUAGACUAAUCAAUUUUUUAAAUGAAUAAGAAUCAAUAGAAAACCUAUUUAAAAACAAUAUAAUAAUUUAUACAAUAAAAUAAAACUAAAUACUCUUAACAUUUAGCAAAUUAAGAAGCUGGUAUGAGAUAAAGAAAAGAACAAAUAAAGGGGAUCAGAAGAAAAUCAAUAGAAAUUAAAUUAAAAGUGGUAUACUAUUUAUUAUAAUACUUUAAUAGUAUAAAUAAAUGGUAGAUCCUAAUGAGGAGGAUCAAAUUGAAAGAAAACUUUUACAUGAAAGCACUUAAUCAAUUGAUGAAAUAAAAGAAGAUGCUGCAGAUAAAGUUGAUGUGUUGAAAAAUGCAAUUUAUAAAAAGUUGCCUAAAAAGAUAGAAUUAAAUAAUGAUCCAUUUUCAAGCUUUUCUUCAAAAGAUAAUAAAAAAUUUAAAGAAAUAAUGAAAUUGAUUAACAUUGAACAAAUAGUUUUAGAAAAAAAAGUUAACAGAUAGGAUAUUUUGCAUUAUCUUUCUUUAUUUAAGGCACUUAUGGAUUCAGAUGAUCGAAAUUAAUUUACAAUAUGUCAAUUAGAUUAUCCAUCCUUAUAUAUAUCAAGAGAAUAACUUAAGAAAAGUUUACCAUACAUAAUUUUAUAUAAAAAUUAGUUGAACACUGGAAAGUUAAAUGAAAUAUAUGAGAGAUAAUAUAAUUAUGUUGAAUUUUUGGAAUUUUUAGAUAUAUUUACAACUGAAUACAUUGUUUCAGAUAAAGAAUUGGAAAGAUUAAAAAAUCAAAAACAAGAUUAAUAUUGA